AUGGACUUCCGGGAUUGGGUGGCGGUGACAGUCGUGUUCUUACUAGCUGGACUCGGCAUCCUGGGGAAUUUCUGUCUUCUUUCCCAUCAGCUCUUCCUCUCUUUCCAUGGGGGUAGGCCGAGGGCCACAGCUUUGAUUGUCAAGAACUUGAUUAUGGUCAAUUUGUUGGUCCUGUGCUCCAGCAGUAUCUCCUAUCCACUGACAUCUGCUGGGUGGUAUCAAGGCAGUGAUUGGAGCUGUAAGCUUGUCUGUUAUGUUUCUGGAGUGGGCAGAGGCGUGUCCAUAAGCACCACCUGCCUCCUGAGUGUGUUCCAGGCCAUAACCAUCAGCGCCCAGGGCUCCAGGUGGGCAGGGCUGAGAGAGAAAGUUCUCAGGUGCGUCCUACCCUGCAUUGCCCUGUGCUGGGUCCUGAGCAUGCUGGUUAAUUCCAUCUUUGCCGUGUUCAUUGGGGGCUAUUUAAAUGACACAAAUGACACAAGCAGGAAAAGGUUUGGACAGUGUUCCUCUGUUCGUCACGACCCAGCCAGUGACAUCUUAUAUGGGGCUUUGCUCUCCUUCCCAGAUGUUGUGUUUUUUGUGACCAUGGUCGGGGCCAGCGGCUCCAUGGUCUACACCCUGUCCCGGCACAGGCAGCGGGUCCGGCACCUUCACGAGUUCGCCUCCUCCAUGUCCUCCCCCGAGUCUAGGGCCACUCACACCAUCCUGCUCCUGGUCAGCACCUUCGUCUUCUUUAACAUCAUUUCCUCCAUGCUGAAGGUUGUUGUGGCUGUUACUUAUCAUCCUGACUGGUAUGUUUUUAACAUCAAUACAGUAAUCACGCUGUCUUUCCCGACUCUCUGUCCUUUUCUGCUCCUGAGCCGGGAGCCCAAGGUGUCCCUGCUGUGCUCUGCCCUGAUCAGGAAUAAUAAAUGUCAGAAAUCCUUGAGAAAUAUGUAA